UUUUCGGUGUAUUCGAUUGCGUCUGAUUGAGAGCACGGCUACGUACGUCAUCCGUCCCAUCUGUCAGCAGCUCAUUUCCUUUUAUCAGUGUGAUAGCGGAUACUGCCUAUUUCAAUAAUAAAAAUACAUUUCCGAAAUGGCUGCUAGCGCACGAAUUUUUUCCCGAGUUAAAGAUAGCGUUGCUGUUGGCAUACGAUUUGCUAGCUAUGAAGCUACAAGAAAAAACUUAAAACUCAAUUCUAACUCAAAAGUCAUAUGUCAAGGAUUUACCGGGAAGCAAGGAACUUUCCAUUCUCAGCAAGCCAUUGAAUAUGGAACAAAAUUAGCAGGAGGAGUUUCUCCCGGCAAGGGAGGACGAACUCAUUUGGAUUUACCGGUAUUCAACUCGGUGAAGGAAGCAAAAGCAGCAACAGGCGCAGAAGCUACUGUUAUUUAUGUUCCACCUCCAGGUGCGGCAAAAGCGAUCUUGGAAGCUCUUGAAGCUGAAAUGCCUUUAAUCGUUUGCAUAACUGAAGGAAUUCCACAACAUGAUAUGGUGAAAGUUAAGCACGCUCUUCUAACUCAAGAUAAGUCACGCCUGGUUGGUCCUAACUGUCCAGGAAUAAUUGCACCGGAACAGUGUAAAAUUGGAAUCAUGCCCGGACACAUUCACAAGCGUGGAAAAAUUGGGGUUGUUUCUCGUUCCGGAACUCUUACUUACGAAGCUGUACACCAAACAACGGAGGUCGGUUUAGGUCAGACUCUUUGUGUCGGCAUCGGUGGAGAUCCUUUCAAUGGAACAGAUUUUAUCGAUUGCCUUGAAGUAUUUAUCAAAGAUCCUGAUACUAAAGGUAUCAUUCUGAUUGGUGAAAUUGGAGGUGUAGCUGAGGAAAAAGCUGCCGACUAUUUGAUGCAGUACAACCAGGGUAUCAAGGCAAAACCUGUAGUUUCAUUUAUCGCUGGCCUUUCGGCACCACCAGGACGACGUAUGGGUCAUGCUGGAGCUAUCAUUUCCGGUGGAAAAGGAGGCGCUCAAGACAAAAUCAAUGCCCUAGAAAAAGCGGGUGUCAUUGUUACGAGAAGUCCGGCUCAGAUGGGUAGAGAACUUUUCAAGGAAAUGAAGAGAUUAGAACUGGUCUAAAGUGUAACUUAACAUAUUGGAUAGCGUUGCAUAUUCUCAUUUUUAUUUGUAAAAAAUUGGUAAACGAUACUAAUAAUAAAAGUUCUUCUAGAAAAAUAUCUGCUGAUAUAUGUAAACAUGUAUAAAUGUGUAUGUUACGUUCAGAAAAUCUCGCUUAGGGAUGAAUUAUCCGAAAGGAUGAAAUGAAAAAAAACUCGUACGAAAACGAUUAAAUAAAUGGCAAUUGUCUCUUGAAAGCUUGUCCAAGCGUCCAA